AUGAUGAAUUACAUGAAAAAGAAGUUUUCAAAGAGCAAAGAAGAUUAUGAAUCCACUAAUUCUGAAAAUUCAUAAACUACCAGUAACACUUAUCAUUAAAAUGGCAAAAAACAUACAAAAAAAUAAUAGCAAUUAGCUAAGCCACCUAUGCAAAACAAUAUCCCAUCCUUUAUUACACAAGUCACUAGAGACGGUAAACCUAUGCAAUUCUACCCUUAAAAUGAUAAUAACGAAUCUCCUGAAGUUCAAGAAACAAAAAAGAUUUCAUUUUUAGAAAGGUUGUGCAGCUGUUUUAAAACUAAAUAAUAAUAAAUAUCGGAAGAAGAUGAAGUGAGCCAAAUAGAAUAGGAAAGUAGUCAAAAAUCUACAGAUUAAUAAUAAAUGUAAAAAUAAGAUAACUAAGAAGUCUAAUAAUAACAAUAAUAGCAAUAGCAGUAAUAAAAAUAAAGAGCACCUCUUUAGACAAGUCUUCCAAAAGUAAUAUAGCCUCAAGAUCCUAAGUUUCAAGGUAAAAAGUCUCUAAUAAUUGAUUUAGAUGAAACUUUAGUGCAUAGCUCUUUUACAGUUAUUCAAAAUGCAGAUUUUACUUUACAAAUUACAGUUUAAAACAUGCCUUUUAUUGUCUACGUCAAGAAAAGACCUGGUUGUGAAUUCUUUUUGGAAGAAUUGAGUAAAUAUUAUGAAUUAAUAAUCUACACUGCAAGUCUCUCAGAGUAUGCCGAUCCUGUUAUGGACAGAAUAGAUAAGAAUGGUGUAUGCUCUUUAAGAUUAUUUAGAGAAAACUGUACACUUUACAAUGGAGUAUUUGUUAAGGAUUUAUCAUUAAUGCAAAGAGAUUUAAAAGAUCUCAUUAUCAUCGAUAACUCUGAAACAUCCUUUUUGUUUUAACCUGCUAAUGCAGUGCAUAUAAAGUCUUUUUUUGAUGAUAUGAAAGACAGAGAACUCUAUAGAUUAAUACCUAUGCUUAUUUUCUUAUCAAAUAGCUUUGAUGUGCGUCAUGUUGGUAACUGGUGGAGAGAAUUUGAGCAAAACGAUUUUAUUGACUACAGAGAUAAAAAGAAUAGAUUGUAAAGAUUAGAUAAGUAAAGACUGUUGGAGGAGUUAGGAGAUUUGAGAUAAAGAGACUUAUAAAUGGAAGCUGAGUCUAUGUAUGAUAAUAGCAGCUAGUUAAUGAUGAACUAAGGAAGAGAAUCAUUUACAGUUUCUCCUAAAAAUAGUGUUUCUUCAUAAUAACAAUUAUUUAAUGGAAAAAAAUAUGAAAAUGAUAAAAGACAGGAAAAGUAUAAAAAAAAUUUUACUUAAAAGAAGCCUCUUAUGAUAGAAGUACCUGAAGCAGAAGAAGAAGAUAAUUUGCCAGCUGCUAGAAAUAAAAAUAAUAAAGAUAUAAAUUAAAAUAUUGAGUUAGAAUCAGUUAGAAACAAAUUAUUAGCAAGUCCUGAUAGCUAAUAUUAAGAAUCAGUAAGUUCAACUAAGAAUGGAUACAAAUAAACUGCUUUCAAAUUCAAUGAAUAUGAAGAUUACAAUAAACGUAUUAAAGAAGAAGAUCCUUACAAUUUUAAGACUUAGCCAGAUGCUAUUGAGGAAAAUAGUGAAUCAUAUAAAGAAAUGAAAUAGAUUUUUGAUAACAUCCGUUAUUGCACAAAUACUAUGAAUGUAAACUCUCCAGUAUCUAAAGAAAGAUUCAUACAACUUCUAGAUAAUAAUAGCUACAGAAAAAAAACAGAGAAACAUUCACAACAAAAUGAUUAAGAAGCUCAUUACUUUGCUUCUCCAAAAAAGUAGUAGAUAAUGAUAAAAAAAGUAGAAAGCGUAAAAAAUGAUUAAGAUGGUUUGAUGAGCUAACUAAGCUACAAACCUGACAUCUAAGAUGAAGAGUAAGACGAACUUACAAAUAAAGAUAGUGAUGAUAUAGCUAUUAUCAACAAAGAAGAAUAAGAAGACAAUAGCUAAAACUGA